AUGAUGGGUCACUUAUCUGUCAAAGCUUCAUGCCACAAAUUGCAUGAAGUUUUGAGUCGCUUGAACGAACCCGUGCGCGAUCUGUUUUCAAAAACUAGCUUCGGUUACUUGUUGGACUUACCAGCUCAGUCCGGAGACAGACAUCUUAUUCAUGGGUUGUUACUGCAUAUGCUGCGUCAUACUGUUGAAACGGACACAGCUGAACACCUAUAUUUUAGGUUUUCUAGACGUACGCUAUCAUUUGGGCUGAAGGAGUUUUGUCUGGUGACCGGACUUUACAUGGGUCGGUGUCCUAACUCAAUGAUCGAAUUUUCAACCAUGUAUAAAAACGGAUAUGGUGAAAAUACAUUUCGGUCCAGAGUCUUCCCAUAUCGCACGGACGCUCCUUUAGUUGUAGAAGAUUUAGAGCUCCUUAUCUUGAAUCAACAGUUCAAUGACAUAUCGGCUCAAGACGGUGUUCGUGCCAUUUUGCUAUGUAUCCUCAAUCAAGGUUUUUUGGGAAAUGAGCUUAAUGAUAAAGUCACCAAGGAAUAUUUGUGGGUGGUGGAGAACCUGGAUCAAUGGAAUAGGUCUACCGAGCGAACUCAUAGGGUGGAAAUUAACAAAAUGACCUUGCGAGAAAUAAUGGCAAGACUUGAAUCUUUGGAGGAAGAAAUCCAAGGAUUGAAAAAUAAAGAUGGAACUCGAGACGGUGAUGAUUUGGAACAGUUUUUUAAUGACGUUUUUGAGGGGAAUGAGGAUGUGGUAUAUAGUCCACAAAAAUCAAAUCGAGUUAACGAGGAUGAUCAUAUUGGUAAUCCACCAGAGUAUGAUUCUAGAAAACAAAUCGCGAAGGAGAAGAAGAAGAAAAAGGAGGUUGUUGCUAGCGACAUUGUGGAUGCGGAAAAUCAUAUACUCAGGUUUGUUGUUAAAGAAGGUCGUCCGGUUAGGCAAUUGAAACAUUCUCAAUAUCUUAGUUCUCCUUACAUUUCGGUUUAA